CAAAUACGUGGGCGUUAUAAUAUAUAUAGUAAUUUCUACCCUUAUUGAUUAAAACCUGUUUCCUACGAGUCGUUAAGGGAUGUCUUGAGUUGCGCCCAGCACCUCCGCUUCCAGUCACAAUUCAGAAAACAAAUACGGAGGCGUGUCUUCUCCACAGCCCGACCGGUUUGAGCCGCGCGUCUGUAGGACCGAUUCGGCUGUGCUAUUGGAACAAAUGAAGUACUUUCUCCGGCGCUUGUAACAGUUCACAGCUCAUUCUGCCUAGCUAAUCGAAGACUGCCCGUGGAUGGAUUUCUCCGGGAUUUGCACAGCCUAACAUGGAUGCCCCACCGUUCCUUGAAUCGGAAGGUUGUUUCUUGGCGCAGUGAGAGACGGAACAUGCAGGGAUUGCUAAUGGAUUUGGGAAGCAUAUGCCCUCCUAUCUAAAGUGACCAUGCCGUGAUCCUGCGCGUGGGCCGUCACCCUGCUUAACGUCAAUAGAAGAAUUUCGGGGAAUCUAACAAUACAGGGAAUAAACACUGUGCAUUAUACAAACAACAUGAAGAUUACCUCCCCACUGAUAACUAAUGUGAGCUUCAGGUGCACCGUCAGGCUUCUUCUGCUGCUAUUACUAUGUGUGGGAUAUUCUCGCGGGAUGCCGCAUGUUUUAAGAUUUGGAGGUAUAUUUGAGUCUGUUGAAAGUGGUCCUUCAGGAGCAGAGGAACUGGCCUUUAAAUUUGCUUUAAACACAAUCAACAGAAACAGAACCCUACUGCCAAACACAACACUAACCUAUGACAUUCAGAGGAUAAACAUCUAUGACAGCUUCGAAGCUUCAAGAAAAGCCUGUGAUCAGCUGUCCCUGGGAGUGGCCGCCAUAUUUGGUCCCUCCCACAGCUCUUCAGCCAAUGCAGUCCAGUCCAUCUGCAAUGCACUUGGAGUGCCCCACAUCCAGACCAAAUGGAAGCACCAGGUGUCGGACAACAGAGACUCCUUCUAUGUCAGCCUGUACCCCGACUUCUCCUCCCUCAGCCGGGCCAUCCUAGACCUGGUGCACUUCUUCAAGUGGAAGACAGUCACCGUGGUCUACGAUGACAGCACAGGUCUCAUCCGGUUACAGGAGCUCAUCAAGGCACCGUCUCGUUACAACAUCCGCUUGAAAAUCCGGCAGUUGCCGGCAGAGACGAAGGAUGCCAAGCCCCUGCUGAAAGAGAUGAAGCGAGGGAAGGAGUUCCAUGUCAUCUUCGACUGUGGACAUGAGAUGGCUGCGGGGAUUCUCAAACAGGCACUUGCCAUGGGGAUGAUGACUGAAUACUACCACUACAUCUUCACAACCCUGGACCUCUUUGCCCUGGAUGUGGAGCCAUACCGCUACAGUGGGGUGAACAUGACGGGGUUUAGAAUUCUCAACACCGAGAACACCCAGGUCUCCUCCAUCAUUGAAAAGUGGUCCAUGGAACGGUUGCAGGCUCCGCCCAAACCGGAUUCAGGCCUGCUGGAUGGAUUUAUGACGACGGACGCUGCUCUGAUGUACGACGCGGUGCACGUGGUCGCGGUGGCGGUCCAGCAGUCCCCGCAGAUCACGGUCAGCUCCUUACAGUGCAACCGCCACAAGCCCUGGCGCUUCGGCAACCGCUUCAUGACCCUCAUCAAAGAGGCUCACUGGGAUGGGUUGACUGGUCGGAUAACUUUCAACAAAACCAACGGCCUCCGGACGGAUUUUGAUUUAGAUGUGAUCAGUCUGAAGGAGGAGGGGCUUGAGAAGAUCGGAACGUGGGAUCCCCCGAGUGGCUUGAAUAUGACUGAGAACCAGAAGGGCAAGACGACUAAUGUUACGGAUUCCUUGUCUAACAGGUCCCUGGUCGUCUCCACCAUACUGGAGGAGCCUUACGUGAUGUUCAAGAAGUCGGACAAGCCGCUGUACGGGAACGACCGCUUCGAGGGCUUCUGCAUCGACCUCCUGCGGGAGCUGGCCAGCAUCCUGGGCUUCAACUACGAGAUCCGGCUGGUGGAGGACGGCAAGUACGGGGCCCAGGAGGAGACCUCGGGCCAGUGGAACGGCAUGGUCAAGGAGCUCAUGGACCACAAAGCUGAUCUUGCAGUGGCUCCCCUGGCCAUCACUUACGUGCGGGAGAAAGUCAUCGACUUUUCGAAGCCCUUCAUGACGCUGGGGAUAAGUAUUCUGUACCGCAAGCCCAACGGCACCAACCCCGGGGUGUUCUCCUUCCUCAACCCGCUCUCGCCUGAUAUCUGGAUGUAUAUUCUGCUGGCUUACUUGGGUGUCAGUUGUGUGCUGUUUGUCAUAGCCAGGUUUAGUCCCUAUGAGUGGUAUAACCCUCACCCGUGCAAUCCCGACUCAGACGUGGUGGAAAACAAUUUCACCUUGCUAAAUAGUUUCUGGUUCGGAGUUGGAGCUCUCAUGCAGCAAGGUUCUGAGCUCAUGCCCAAAGCUCUUUCCACCAGGAUUGUAGGCGGGAUCUGGUGGUUUUUUACGCUGAUCAUCAUCUCGUCCUACACCGCCAACCUGGCCGCGUUCCUCACUGUUGAGCGCAUGGAGUCACCAAUCGAUUCCGCCGAUGACCUCGCCAAACAGACUAAGAUCGAGUAUGGCGUGGUGGAAGAUGGGUCAACUAUGACGUUCUUCAAGAAAACGAAGAUUUCCACGUACGAUAAGAUGUGGGAGUUCAUGAGCAGCCGCCGGCACUCGGUCAUGGUGAAGAACGUGGAGGAGGGGAUCCAGCGCGUCCUCACCUCUGACUACGCUUUCCUGAUGGAGUCCACCACCAUCGAGUUCGUCACUCAGCGCAACUGCAACCUGACCCAGAUCGGCGGGCUCAUCGAUUCGAAGGCGUACGGAGUGGGCACGCCCAUGGGCUCUCCAUACCGGGAUAAGAUCACCAUCGCAAUCCUGCAGCUUCAGGAAGAGGGGAAGCUGCACAUGAUGAAGGAGAAGUGGUGGCGUGGCAACGGCUGCCCCGAAGAGGAAAGCAAGGAGGCUAGCGCCCUGGGCGUGCAGAACAUCGGCGGGAUCUUUAUCGUUCUGGCCGCUGGCCUGGUGCUCUCUGUAUUUGUGGCGGUGGGGGAGUUCUUGUAUAAGUCCAAACAAAACGCACAACUUGAAAAGAGGUCCUUCUGUAGUGCCAUGGUGGAGGAGCUGCGGGUGUCACUGAAGUGCCAACGCCGACUCAAACACAAGCCCCAGGCCCCUGUCAUGGUCAAGACUGAGGAGGUCAUCAACAUGCACACGUUUAAUGACAGAAGACUGCCAGGCAAGGAAACAAUGGCCUAAAAAAUAUUAUAUAUAUCACAACAACUACAACUACAAAAAACAACAAAAACAUUUAUAUUUGUCUCUUGUGGAAAGUGGGGAGAGAGUGAGGGGGCUGGGAGGGGAGGGAAGGGAAUUUGGUAGGAGGGUUCGGGGUUGGAUGGGGACAGGAUUGGGGGGCCAGGGACAUGGGUGGAUGUAUUAUGGGGAGGGGAGCAGAAAAAUUUGCCCGGAGCACGGACUGUCAUCGUUGUUUAAAACAAUUUGCCAGAGAAAAAAAAAAUGUUUCCUGUGGAAAUACUCGAUCCCCGGGCAAAACCAAGUGAGUUACCUCAAUGCAUCUGACACUUGGGAAAAGACUCUGUUACAAGUGGCAGCAUACAGAGUAAAAUAAAUACAUUUAUUUAAAACGGACUCUGAUUCGGAGUGGAGUGAAGAAAAUUAAUCACAGCUGAUAAAAAAAGAAGGAUAUUGGUAUCUGGGGUCAAACGCGUGUGGUUUGAGAUCAGUUGUCCCUUCUUUUGAAUGUUUCAAUGUGAAUUGGUGACCGAUGUUCUUACGAGGACCCAUAAGUGUUCUCUUAAUACGCAACAUUCACAGAGCGCUGUCAAGUUCACAGAAUAUGCAUCUCACACACUGUACAUACAUGCAUACACAAACACACGUACAGAAACACACACAGGCACACACACAGUGCAAACACACAUAUGGAAACACACAUUCAAAUAUAAAUUGGGAGGAAAAACAAGUGGACAGAUUGUAAUAGGAUACAUAUUUUUUUGUAUGUUGUAUUUGUUCUGUUUCAAAUGAGAGAAAGAAUAAAAUGUGUUACAACAGCCAGGCCAAAAUUGGGUCACGCCCACACCACCACAAACAGAUGGUGAUCUUGUCCAUUCCAAACCAUUUGACUAACAAAUUGUAAAAUUUUGGAUCAGGGGCAGAAAAAUGAAGAAAAAUAUCAUUUGGGCAAUAAAUGAUUUUAUUUAAUUUUGCUUUACUUCAUACUACUAACACAUUUUAACAUAAUCGAGGGAGGGGUGCGAGGGAGGGGGGGAAAUAAUAUUUUUCAUAUAUAUAUAAUAUAUCACAUGAAAAAAAAACAAUCUAUUGCUUAUUUGUGUUUAAAUGUUCAGUAGAACCAAUACAGGCUGUUCUUUGGGAAGAGGGAGUCACUGAGCUUCACAGGUGGGGUCCUGUUGACCGGAUCUCGAACCCGGAGCAAUUUAGUUUGAGUGUUGACAGCGGGGGCCGGAUCGCCUAAAACAAACUCACAGUCAUUACCAAUGGGAGAAACCGUAUUUAUUCAAUUAUUUAUUGUUUUUAUUUAUGAAUUUGUUUAUUUAUGCUUUCAUGGACUGUAUCAUGACAGCUGUAAAAAUUCGUCUCAUUGACAUCCAUAACGCCUUCCUGUUUAUUUUUUUUUGGAAUUAUUUUCUUUUUUUAUUCCUGUUUUGAUUUAUUAUAUGCUUUUGUUAUCUUUUUUUUUGUAUUUAUUUUAGAAACAAAAUCUUCACAUUUACUUGUGGAAAUGCAAGAUUUCUAUGAUAAAAAAAGUUUUUUGUAUGAAGAAAAAAAAACAAAUUUUGUAAUAAUUUUUAUCGACAAAAAUCCGACCGUGGGCGUCUGUGAGUCCUCCAUGCGUCCAGCGCCC